UCGAGUCAGUCCGAUGUGUGUCAGAAUCGUGUUGUGCAACUAUCGGACCUGUCUAGCCGACGUCCGACGGCAAUCUGAUGAGUGUCCGAUGAUUUACUGUCAUCUGACGCUCAUCUGAUUGCAAUCGGCGGUCUGCCCGACGCGCCUGAUAGCCGCCCAUCACCAAUUCGAUUCUCAUCGGCGGUUAACGUGAUAAUUAGUACCGUCCGAUUGCUAUCCGUUGUGACAUCGGAGGGUAAUCGCUCAUUAACCAAACUACCAUCCGACACAUAUCGCAUAGCAAGCGGCGACAUCUGAAGGCCAACGGACUAUGAAAGGAGGGCCAGCCGACGCUGACUUCACAUAUUUUCUCGGACACUACACAGCACCAAGAUCUUAAAUAUGGCUCCAAGAAAAAACAGAAAUGUUCGAGGACAGAAGGCUAAGAAGAGACCUCCCGACACUCCACAACAAUCUCAAGUGGCAGAAGAAUCCUCUGUGCCUUCUCCUGAGGAUGCAGAGACGGAGGAUAGGCCUAUUCAGGCCCCAAUCACUGCUCAGCCACACGACUCUCCUUGUGUUAUUGGCACCGUGAGGCCAGGCAGCACUGCUGCUACCACCAGCAUCACCACCGUCAUCACCGCCACAAACUUUACUGCAGGUUCCACAUCCACUGCCUCCACAGCUGCUACUCCUGCUACUGCAGAUGAAGAUGACGAUGAAGAUGAGACAGAAAAAGGCAGGGACACUGAUGGAGAAAAUGCCCAGCCCCCUGCAAAGAGAAGGCGUAAGGCCCCGAGGCCUCCUGUCGUCCUUUCCGAAGAAGAAAUGGUGGAGGUAGCUGAAUUCCUCAAGGAGAACGAUAGCCUGUAUAACAAAUCAAGAGACCUCUGGAGGGACACCCAGGCCAGAGCACGUCUGUGGGAUCAGCAAGGACAGGCCAUGGACAAGACGGGGUUGGAGCUGCAACAGUGGUACGAGAGUCUGAGGACAAAGCUUGGACGGCUAAAGAAUAAAGCACAAAAGAGUGGAUCUGGAGCUGAGGUCCUUACUGAUGCCAACAAGCGCCUGCUGCAGCUUUUUGACUUCCUCACCCCUCACAUGUACGUUGUGCAAAGGAGGAACAUAGUUAGUCUACAGGAACGUAUUGAGGCCAGAGGACCAGCACCUCGGGAGGAGGAGGAAGAAGAAGAGGACCAGGAGUGAGGGGUGGAAAGACAGGUAGAGCCAGCCCAGCCAGAAAACCAGGAGGAAGCUACCACUAAUCAGCAGUCUUUAGAUGGAGCCAGCAAGGAAAGCACUCCAUUCCCCAGGGGCAGCAGGUACAACAAGGGUAAGGCACCACAAAAGUCCCCGAGACAGCAGGAGACGGAUGUUCUGGAUCAUCUUAUCAAGAACCAGCAAAACAGCGAGCAGCUGAUGGCCCUUUCUGCCCAGGUGUUGCGUACACUUGACAGGCCCCAGUCACAGCAUCCAGACCGUGAGCAGUUCACUAACUACGUCGGUUCGGUGCUGCAGCAACUCCCUGAUGACUUGUAUAGGAAGGCAAACAGACUGCUGAGCAACUUGCUCCUUGACAUACAAGAUGAAGCCAGCACCAGACGCCAAGACUCUCUGUUCAUGCAGCAUCGACACACAUCACUGCAACCUCCCUCGGAUCCUCCAAUAGCAAGACCUGGUACAAGUUCAGGGGUCAGUCAACCCCCUGCGGAGAUGGAUGGCAGCCCCCACCACACCUUUGGCCUACCAACCCAGUUUCCACCAGCGUUUGGCACUCCAUGAAGCAGUCCUACAUGGCGAACGUGAUACCUGGGAUGAACGACCAUUCAACGCCCUCCUACACCACCAUGCAGCCACGCUCCGCCAGCGCCCCUUCUCUCUCAGCAGGCAGAAGUUCUAGGGAGUCAAGUGACUUUAGUAUGACAAGCUUCUUGGCAAGCCUGAAUGAUUCAUCUCAGACGCCCCAGCAGCAGCAGACCCAGCAAUGUUCACAGGAAGAUUAGGGUCACCAAAUGCAGAGCAAGGAUGGCAAAAAAAUGAAAAGAAUAAAAGCAAUUGUGUUUUUGUUUUCCGGCUUUGGACUUUUUUGUUUAUCAGACUUGUCAUUAAUGAGGAAUGAGCCAGGAAGACGAUGUAGAUUUUUUUUUGGAUUAAACAUGAGAACAAUACUGAGAAGAAAACGAACAUAAAUCGGUCUUUGUUUUCAUUGAUUUAGUUUUUAGGAGUUAGACCCUUUAUCAUUUAUAAGUUUUUUAUCAUUGACUUGUGUUUUGCUAUGUUUGUAAAGAUUGUUUUUGUUGAAUAAAGUACGCACAGGUUGCAUAUUAAUGUUUAGAAUUAUCUUGCGUAUGAUUUGUCAUUCUUGAGUGAAACAAAUCAUUAUUUCCCAUCAAUCUCUCUCUCUCUCUCUCUCUCUUAAUGCUUUGGUUAAGAAAUGAAUACUUGUAUUCGACUCCAUUAAUAAAUUCAAAUGUGAAGAUUUGGAACGUAGAAUGAAUCAAGAAAUAACAAUUCAGAAAAUUUACAUUGUUCACUUUAUUGAACACUAUGCAACUCCCUUUUUAGAUACAUUGCCUUGGCUACAAGCUUCUUUGGCAAUUCAAAAACACAUCAUAUCCAAGUACAAUAACUGAUAAUUAUACUUGAUGCAACUCUAAUGUCGUACAAAAUAUUUUGGCAACUCAGUUACUCAGAAACACAUCACUUUCAUUAACUGAUGUGUUUUUUUUUUUUUAUUGAUUGAUUUUUUAAAAUCAAUAAGGUUUUUUGCAAAUGCAACCUCACGGCAUUUUGAUUGAAUUUUUUUUUACACACAAACAUAUUAGUCGCCGUUCAGACGACAAAUCAUGAACAUUGCUUAAUAAUUAUGACAAUUAGUAAUUUCAAGGCUCAACAUCCAUUGCGGUAUUCUAACAAAUGCUGGCAACAAAAUAGUUAAUCAUAGUAAUUGUCAUCUUUAUCUAUGUCCACUUCAGGUAACAAAAGUUUAUACUCCGUUAUCUCAAAUCAUCCUCUCCUGCCAAGGAACUGCUCCUCCAAGAGGAUUGUUGAAGUACAGUCUUAGGGUUUCACGCUGUGCUUUGGCCUCUGCUGUGUCGCGGAAGGGUCCUCUUGGAGUUGGUACUUCAUGCAUGGGAGCCAUGUUCCUCCAUUCUCCUGGUAUGAUGUUAUGGUCGGUAUCCUCUGUAUCCAGCUGACCAUGGUGCAUGGCUGGGUGCCGUAUUCCAAUCAGGUUGUGGAGACAGACACAUGUUUCUAUGAUGUUACGCACAACAUCAGGUUGUUGCUGUAGUGUUCCUAGAAGACACUGGAAUCUGGCUGCUAGUAUUCCGAAGGCAUUUUCCACGACUCUUCGGGCUCUACUUAUGCGAUAGUUGUAUAUCCGCUCUGUACGAUUCAGGUUCUUUCUCGAGUAGGGCUUCAUCAUGUGGGUUCGCAAAGCAAAGGCGUCAUCCCCGAUCAUGAAAUAUGGCAUGUUCUGGUUGUCAUUGGUCAUUGGCUCAGGUGGGGGGAAUCCUAUUUGACCACUCUCCACUGUCUCUUUGAGCUCAGAUGCAUUGUAUAUCUGCGCGUCAGACAUGUGUCCUUGAGCACCGGUGUCUAUCCACAAGAACCGGUAGUUAGCAUCAACAAGUGCCAUGAGGACUACUGAGAAGAAAUGUUUAUAAUUAUGGUAGAGACUGCCGGAGUUCUCUGGUUUCCUGAGUGCCACGUGCUUGCCAUCAAGUGCCCUCAUUACAUGUGGAACGUUCCAACGCCUCUCGUAUUCUUCAGCAAUUGCACGCCAUUCUUGUUCAGUGGUGGGACACUGGAUCACUUCAUUAGCAUACUCAUCCACUAUGGCUUGACAGACUUCGGGGAUAAACUUGCAAAUGGUUUCUCGAGCAACCCUGAAACUGUAUGACAGUGACGGAUACCGAUCGCCAGCUGCAAGGUGCCUUAUGGUACAGGCUAACUUGAGACCAGGUUCAAGGGCUCUCCUGGCAUCGGUAUCGUCCUUCGUGAGUCUUGGUGCGAGUCUCUGGAGUAGUUCAUCAAAAAAUUCUGGCGUAACUCUCAAGAAAUUGAAAAAUGCCGUUGUAUCCUCCAUUCUUAGUUCAUUCAAGAGUCUGGUGUAGUGCCCAUAUAACAGCCUUCUCUCAGCUUGCAGCCAUGGUCGAACCCAAUAACGACGUAAUCUUCUUCGCCUUUUUCUCAGCCUCUUUCUCAGGACCUGAAGGACUAUUGCGUCUUGUUGCAUAGUUUGUUGCUGGAGCAUAAAAACACAGCCCAGGGCUGCAGCGUUGCGAAGAAGUUGAUCCAUGUCUAGUAUUGUCAGGAGGUGCAGCCUGCUUUUAUACUCGACUGCCGAUUUUGGCGAAAAUCCGACCAGUAUUGGGUCAGUGUCCGAUUACCCUCCGAACAGCAACCGAUUUGUCGGGUUGAUGUCGGGAGAGUGUUGGAAGUGUCAGAUUAGUGUCAGGCCACCCUCGAAUUACAAUCCGACCACAUUCGAAUCAAUCGGACGCUGCCGAUGAAAAUGGCGGACAGACAUCGGGCUGCUACCAGUCCUUCAUCCGAUUACCCCGAUCAAUGUUGGAUCUUUAUAGGAUUUUACGGAAAACAGGGACCAAAAAAGUGGAUGUCGGGUGAAUUUUCAUCGGAGCGCUGACAUUUUUGCAAAAUUGGGAUCAGAUUGGCGUCAGAUCAGGUUCCGAUGGUCAGUGGAAUGGGGGUAUGAAU